CACAGGUGAUUGGUGGCAUUCACCCUCCAAUCACAAUUCGCCUGCAAAGUGGCUUGGUGGUCAGUUUGGAUCUUUCUUGUCGAACUAACCUUAAGCGAACUAUGCGUCCUAAAGGGAGCUAACCAGCGUUAGCAUCGCGCUAGCAUGACAACCAGAAGAAGAACUGCCAUCAUCAUCAUCAUCCUCCCCUGUGGCUUUGCUAGCAGCAGGCCUCCAUUAUGGUCUUCAGAUGUGAGCCUAUUGCUCCCAAAGGGAUGAUGAUUAUCAUGUCAGCCUACUACAUCUGGAUCAUUCACUCAUGCCCACAGGAGUCCUCAGCCACCCCUGCAGGUUAUUUUCGCUUCUUAUUCUACUAACAUAAGACAUUAAAAUGUGAAUUAUUUACAUAUCUUUAGGUCCUGUAUGUCAUAAUGUAAAGAGUAGGAGGCCAGGGUUAAGGCUGUGAUGCAAAUUGAGACAGACCACCCUAUAAAUGAAUGCACACCUAUCUGCCAGACUUUACCUAUGGAUUUGUUAUGUCAAGGGAAUCUGAAGAAUUUGCUACAGAUCCCUAACACUCACAUCUAAACAGACAGACUUAGACUUAGACAGCCUAAGUCUAAGUCUGUUAGACAGUCUAAGUCUAUCUGUUUAGAUGUGAGUGUUAGGGUUCUCUUGCAUCAUAUGCACAAGACACUGUAGCUAACAGGGGGCAAAGAAUAAGCUUAUUGGUUACUCUCAUCCUGCAAGGAGGAAGUUUGUCUUGAGUGAGCUUUCAUAUUGACUUAUACUGGACAUAGUUAUGUUUUCCAUCCGUUUAAAAGUAACUUGCUGUGUGCAGCAAAGUGCCUGGGGGCUAGUGUUGAUGUCAAGGCUGCUGCACAUACCAUUUUUUGAGGAACCAAAGUAUGGACCUGGGUUCUCUUUUUUUUACAGGUUACAUCCAUUGCAUUUUAAUUAAACAUAAAAAUGAAGUACAAGCAAAAUGUCCACAAGCUGUUGGUCAAAAUAUUAAGUUGACUUGUCUGAAUGUCAAACACAUUGCCUUCAGUAUUUCAGAAAUAAUCAACUUUGGAAGGCGGUGACUGUCAAUCAGAUGCAGUCCUGUGGUUUUAAAAAAACAUGAAAAGUAAUCAAUGGAGAAAGGCAAGACAUCUAACAUGUCAUAAAAUGUAAACUUAACAUUGCAGUACAUCAGUUAUGUGCAGGGGGACCUCUUAGGAUUCACAAUUUGCUCAGUCUUGAAGCUUUUGGGCGACAGUAGAAGAAGACUGUGCAGAUUUCCACAUGUGACUGCUACAAACAAGAGGAUGACGCUACACUGGGAUGAAACUACACUUGAUCACAAAAUGUGACAGUCAGCAAAUUAAACUAUAUUGCCUGUUUCAGUGUAUCUUGAUUUCUGUUGGCAAGGCUUGAGUUCAUGGCUCUGCAACUGUUGUUGUGGUCACAACACCAUAUAAGGACAAUUACAAACAAUUAUUACAACACUAUUGAAUACUAGUUACUAUUAAUAGCCAUGCAAAAAAAUAAUGCACUUGAAUUUUCUAUAAGACUGCUUGACUUUGUUCUGGUUAUGGACUGUUAAUAUAAAAGAUAAUUGAAUUUCAGAAUUUCCAAUCUGGCAAGCUUUUGCCAUCUGCCAGUUUCACUAUUUUAAAAUUAUUUUCCUUACUGUAACUAUGUCAUAUUAUUGGUUUGCAGGGUAUGUUGCUCUCCAGUACUGUUUGUCAAGGAAUAACUAAAAGAAAUUAGCUCAGCUGUAGCCCAAAUAUAUAACUAUACAUAUACGAGAAAUAUACAUUUCUGACACCAAACAACAUUAUAUUACUAAAUUGGUGUUUACAGUGCAAACAUUUUAUUUUAGUUUGUUAUCUGAUAUUUUUUCUACCCUCUAUGGGUGCUAUAAAGAUGUAAAUGUUAACCCUUUUUUAAAAUCUUUGUCUCACCCUGAUUAAAUGACCCAUGCAUCAAAAUAAAGGCAAAGCAGAGAUAGUUCAGUUGUAGUUGUGUAGAUUUGUAACGUUUGUACCACAGGGUGGCGAUAUUUUCAAAACAAUGGCGUCUAAUUGGUAGAACAUGUGUCAUUUUUGGUUGCACAUUUAUUUUAACACAGGACAUAAAUUUGAAAUUUUGUGUGACUUUGUGAGGUUAAAAAUAAUCCCAUAUUGCCUGCCUAUGAUUGGUGAUCGUCCAGAAAUAUAUCCAGAAAUAUAAUGUAUUAAAUGUUGUGCUGCAGACAGGCGUUCAGAUUUUGUUUUUAUUUUUAUUUAUUUGUUUAUUUAUUUUUAAAUAGAGAAUAAAUAUGUUUUCGCACGUCAGCAUCAGUCUGGCGAAUUAUAGGAUGAGAACAUCCCGAGCCUGGGAAGUUCACGUCCCUUCAUCAGCAUCCAGCAUCUUGCCCCCACCAUCGGUAUAACCCCCCUCCCUCCUUCCCUCGUACCCCAAGGGUCUCGCGAGCGCGCACGCGUGCGAAACUGCGUGGGAAUGGCUGUUUGUGUGAUCGAGGGGGUUGGGCCGCUUGGAGCGAGCGGAGGGCUGCAUGAGUUUGUAAUGUCCGCCAUGUUGGCCAUGGCGUAUUGAACCGGGGAGGAACAGCGGAGCCUACGGAAAAAAGAGACCGACAGAGAGCGACCGAGACCCGGGCCUGCCCGGCUCUGUUCGCGCUGCUACGGACCCAAGCCUGCCCUCAAUCGACCGGCUGAAUCCCAGAGACCGUCACAGAUUCAUCCAUGAGAACUCGAGGCAGACCUGCUGUUAUUCCUAGCAGAUCGAAUAGAUUUAUGCUGCAGCUUUUAUUAUAAAAAUGAGUAAACUGUCGUUUCGGGCACGGGCGCUGGAUGCUAGUAAGCCUCUACCCGUCUUCCGCUGCGAGGAUUUGCCUGACCUGCACGAAUAUGCCUCCAUCAACCGGGCAGUGCCGCAGAUGCCAACUGGGAUGGAAAAAGAGGAGGAAUCGGAGCACCAUCUCCAGCGGGCCAUCUCAGCACAGCAGGUAUAUGGCGAGAAGCGGGACAACAUGGUUAUCCCUGUCCCCGAGGCAGAGUGCAACAUCACGCACUACGAGUCUCUCUACCCCGGGGAGUUCAAGAUGCCAAAGCAGCUUAUUCACAUACAGCCUUUCAGUUUGGAUACAGAGCAGCCAGACUACGACCUAGAUUCAGAGGAUGAGACUUUUGUGAAUAAGCUGAAGAAGAAAAUGGAAAUCACCGCCCUGCAGUUUGAAGAAAUGAUAGACCGACUGGAGAAAGGCAGUGGUCAGCAGCUCGUAAGCCUGCAGGAGGCCAAACUGCUGCUGAAAGAGGAUGAUGAGCUGAUCAAGGAGGUGUUCGACUACUGGAGCCGCAAGAGGAAAACCUGCAAGGGCGGCUCCCUCAUCCCCAACGUCAAGCAGGAGAAGAGGGAUGGCUCUAGCACCAGCGACCCCUAUGUGGCCUUCCGCCGACGGACAGAGAAGAUGCAGACCAGAAAGAAUCGAAAGAAUGACGAGGCAUCGUAUGAGAAGAUGCUGAAGCUGCGCAGGGACCUGAGCCGAGCUGUCACUAUCCUGGAGAUGAUCAAGAGACGGGAGAAGAGCAAGAGGGAACUGCUGCACCUCACACUGGAGAUUGUGGAGAAGAGGAAUGCAAUGCCAGACUUUGGCAGUGAGGUGAUGGCAGAGGCACUGGCGCAGCGGGCUCUUGUGAAGCCUGUCUACACCAUCCCUAUCAUUCCCCUGUCCAGCAGUAACCAGUACAGACACCAGGACCACUUGGACAUGAAGGACUACAAAAAGCCGGAGAAGACAGAGGCAGUGCGAACCAAAAGGAAAUAUGAAAAGAAACCUAAGAUUCCUCCUCUGUCAGCACCUCAACAUUCAGGGCCCUCGGUGUUCAAUCCCAAGGACCUCAAUCAGUACGAUUUCCCCAGCUCAGACGAAGAACCAUACUCACAGAUCCAUUCAGGUUCCUCAGAGGCAGAAGAGGAGAAUGACCCAGAUGGCUGCUAUGCGUUCAGAAGGAAGGCCGGCUGUCAGUACUACGCUUCUCGUCCAGAUCAGAGUGGCAACUGGCCCUGGGUAAGCCCAACAGAGGGCGGGCUUGGCGACUUACGCUUCCGCUACUGUCUGACCUCGUUGAACAUGCCGCGGCGCUGCAUAGGUUUGGCACGGCGCCGUGUGGGCAGAGGGGGCAGGGUCUUGUUGGACAGAGCACACACAGAUCUAGACAACAUCUGUCAGAGCCUGGACUCUGACCCGGAGCCUGAACCACUCGCCUCACCACUUCCAAGCUCUCCGCUCCGCAACUCUAACACCAGUACCUCAGAAACCAAUACCUCGGACCCAAACAGCUCCUCCCACCUUCCCACCUCUUCAUCACCCCUGUCGUCAUCAUCGCCAACACCUAUGGACCUCAGCCAGAUUCUUUUGAACAUUAAGUCUUGCCGCUGGAGGCACUUCAGACCACGGACGCUAUCCCAUAACCCCUUGGGUGGAGGAGAUUUGUCUCGCAGAGGAUUUAGGGAUUGUAACCGGACAGUGUCAGGACUAUCCCGGACCUUGUCUGGAGGAUCAAGCUCCCAAAACCGCACUGGCUCUGCCCCCACCCCUGUCAAUGUGUUCACAGCAGAGCAGUACCAGCAGCACCAGGAGCAGCUGGCCCUCAUGCAGAAACAGCAGCUGGAGCAGAGCCAGCAGCAGCAACAAGCCAACAACAACCCCCAACACCUACCAACACACAGGUCAGUAAGGAUGGACACACAACUCAGAACCUGUACUGUCACCUGCACUUAUACCAGAGCACUUGUGUCCAAGACGUUGGACCAGGCCAGCGCCCAGUUCGCUGCUUCGGCCCUCGUCACUACAGACCAGCUGCUGGCCUUCAAGUCCAAAGAGGAGCUGGUGCUGGCGAGUGGAGUCAACGGGGUCCUGGCAGGAGCAGGUGUUUUCAAAGGCUUGCACCUCUCCAGCACAACUGCAGCCCUUCACCAGACCAACCAGUCGACACACACUACCACCUCCGCGGCUCCGACUUUCCUCCAGCCCUCCUCCAACUCGGUCACACCUUCACCCGCCAACGCCGUCCCCACCUCCCUCACCUCCACCCCCAACGCCCAUGCAGCGGCAGCACUGGGGCUCCUGGGAUGCAGCGCUGCCAAUGCCACCCCCGCCACCACUCAGGUCCUCAUCGGGAACAACAUCUGUCUGAGUGUACCGUCGGCUGCCAGCCUGGCCGGACGCCAUAUCCCCCGGACCCUCGGGAACGUGCCACCCUCUGCCUUAAAGCUGUCCGCCACCACCAACCUGCAGAUGCCCAAAGUCUCCGGAACAUCGUCCAUGGACAUGGGCUCAAGGGAUAAUCACGAAGAAGACAAGCCAGCACUGAACAGUAUAGCAGACAACACAGUGGCCAUGGAGGUGACGUAGUAGCGGUGCAGUGAAGAGUCCACUCUUUAGGUGCUGUGCAUCGUAGCAUCGGGAAUGCAAAAGGGACAGCAGGACUCUGACGCAGACUGACAGAAUGACGAGUGGCCGCGCCUGCUCGCUUGCAAUUCUCAUCUCUCAUACUUUUUAAACCUUCUUUUGUUUUUGUUUUGUUUUUUGUUACUGUUAAAAGUAAAAGAUUGACAUCUGUAAAUUAUGAAUAUGGCAAAAUUAGUAUCUGUACAGUAACUACAUAUUUGUAAUAUCCCCCUUGUAUAUAUUACUUGAAUACAGAACUGUCCAUUUGUGAUGUUUUGCACUUGGGAGUCAAACUUAAAGGAAAAAAAAGUAAGCCAAGUAACUUGUGGCGAGUGUGAGAGAUGUGGGAGUUGUAUAGAGAAGAGUUUUAUCACAUCAUGUGCAUGGUGCGGAGCCUGCUGUUUUUAUCUAUUUAUUGUGCUGUGUUUACAGUUUUUUUUGUUUUGUUUUUUGGUUUGUUUUGUUUUUUUAUUUGUACACUGUACCUUUGUUGGUUCAUGUGCUGUAGUAAAUGUUAGGUAGCUACGGACUCCUGGGUAUUUUUGUAUAUUGUGAACACAAAGCAGGUCCCCCCACCCCCCCAACGUUUAUUUUGGGUCCCUGUGCUUCUCUCUGUCAAUCAUGUGAAAAUCAAUGGUGACAUACAUACAGACCGGGGAGGCCAGGAGAACCAGGAGGAGGAUGAGGAGUAGGUGGUGUGUUGGUGGGUGACUGUGGUUCCCAUGAAGAGAGGCGCUCUUUUCAUGGUGCCCCUCUCUUCAUGGAAGCUGCCAUCAGCAUUGUCCCAAACACAAGUAACAAAACAGGGAUGAAGUCUCUUCCCAGAAGCUUCUGCUGCUUCUGAUUAAAGCACUAUUUUUUGUGAUGUUUUUGUUUUUGUUCAUGGUUUUGAUAAAUAUACUAAUGCUGCUUUUGUAUUUUGUUUUCAAAGGGGUUGUCCUUCAUUUUCAUGCAAGCGGAAUCCCCUUUAUAUUUGUUUUAUCCCACAAACUUUUUUGUAAAACAAAAAUUCUGUUAUUUUUGUACCUUUUUUUUCCUGUUCUUGUGGUAAACUUGAUUGUAAGCUUUUCGUUUAUUGAAAGACUUCAUUCUUUUGUUAAUUUGUUACUUGUUCAUGCAUAGGUGAUAAGGGAGGUGAAUGGGCAGUAAUCGCUGUACGUGUUUCAUCAUUCCAGUUUUUAAUAACAAAAAAUGCUAACGAGGGGACAGAGGGGCUGUGAGAAAACAACUGUUUCCUCACUACUCUCUUCCCCUAUUUCUUUAUGUUCUUUUUUUCUUUGAAAAAAGAAUCUCCAGACGGCUGCAAGGCCAAAAACCACAAGUAUUGGGUGCCUUCCUUUGGGGAAUUUAAUGUACUCUCUUCUGUGAAGAGUUAGGCACAAAGGCAGCAUUACUUAGUAGUGCUUCUCGUCUUUGUCAGAAUCUGAAUGCCCAGUCCAAUGGCAGGAUAUAUCCUUGAGGUUUACUUGUCCCACCUGGAGGCUGAAAAGACUAAAAAAAAUGUGACAGAACUCUCACUAAAAUAAGACAAUAAAGCCCAGGGCAUUAAAUGUGAA